UACCAACUGAAGAAUUGGAAAAUAUCGAAGAAGAAGAGGAAGAAGCAGCAGCAUUAUUACCAUCAUCAUCAACCAUACAGACGACAUCAAUGCCAACGGCAGCAACUACAUCGGCAGCUGAUAUUGCCGGUUCAUCAUCACAUCAAAUUCGGCCAUCAUUCAUCGAAACAGCAGCAGCAGCAGCAACUCAUCGUAUCGAUACCCGUCAAAUACAAUCAGUACGUCGAAGAUUAUUCACAACAACGGCAGCAACAUCGACGGCAACAACGACAACAACCGAUACACCGGAACAGCAGGAACGUACGACCGGUUGGCUUUCUGAACAAAUGGCACAGAUUCAACGACAACAACGUGAAAGAUAUAAUUUUGAUUUUGAACGUGGAACACCAUUACCUGAUCGUCCUGGUGAUCGUUUCCGUUGGGAACAAGUUGUUCAACAACAACAACAACCUAUUGAAUCAUCAAUUUCAUUAACAUCAAAACCUAAAGCUUCCGGUGGUGCUACCACAACAACUACAACCAGCAGCAUGACUAGACAAGCGUCUCUAAUGGGCAUGUUACCGGUACGAUGUAAAGCACGAUCCAUAUCGACCAUGACGACGACUACGACCACAUCAUUAUCUACGGCCACUACAGCCAAAAGUAUUGAUAUUGGACAACAACAAUAUGAAUCUCAACGAAAACGACCAAUUGAAACACAUGAGGAAUCAUCCAAGGAAGAAUCAACAGAACAACCCGAGUAUUCAAAAAUGAUGACAAUGAAACGUCUACGAUAUGAACAGACAUCAUCAUCGAAAGAUGAGCCAAAAUCAUCAUUGACCACUAAACAUGAAAAGAUUACGGUCAUUGAAGCUCCAUCGUCGUCGUCGUCGUCAUCAUCGUCGUCAAGUUCGAAAACUACUACAUCGUCGUCGUCCGGGAAAAACGUGCAAAUUAAAAAAAAGAAUGAUUGAAUUGAAUGGUUCGAUGUUGGUGUGUUGUUUGUUUGAUUUCGGGCACCAUUUCAUUUGCAACAACGAGUACAAUUAUCUAAAACACUCAUAUAUGGAUCAAUCAUUUUUCUAUUUACUGUUUUCGCUGUUUUUUGAAGAAUUUUCUUAUUUUUGGAAUUAUAGAAAAACUUUAUUAUA